AUGUUGGAUGCUCUAAGUAGACUUCUUGAGCACAUCCACCUCGCUCCCCACGAGCGCCAGGUAAAAGAAUACCUCGAAACAGCCACCAAAGGAUCCAUCCAAAAAGACCUCCAAAAAGUUCUCAAGCCUCUGAACCACCCAUCAUCUUCAGCAACAUAUCACCCGGCCUGCAUCGAGGAUGCCGACCACCAGCGCCGUACGCAUCCCCACCCCUUCACCACUGCACCUCCGAUACUAAGAACCGCAGAUUGGACCAAACAAAGCCUAGAAGCCCACAUCUCUAGCUGCCACCCCUCCUCCGCACUUUCUGACGAAGUAAUCGACUUACUCUGGCGAUGCUUCCACUACUACGCCUCCCACCCGUUCCCCAAAGAAGCCACGGGUGAAGUAAUCGACUCCGACGCAUUCGACCGCGCCGUCGCAUUACUCGCGCACGGCGGGACCAGUCUCCUAGGCACCCAGGACGAUGGCGGGUACUACUGGCGCAACCACGAUGAUACGCAGUACAUCCGCCGCGCAAAUCUCGCAAGAAUGCUCCGGAGCAUCGGCCAUCCCGAGACAGUAUCGCUGCCUCCAGCUGAGCACCAGAAAGACACCCCAUCCGUGCUCAGCGACGUAGUCGACGUCCUCGCGACCACGCAGCCAUACUCCAUCAAUCAGGCCCCAUCGCUAGAGCGACUGGGCACCACUGCACGGGAGCUCCUGACAGAAGAACCCGCAACUCCAACCCGGUGGCGUUUGAGAGUCUCGCCGACUAGAAAAUGGGAUCGAACUCGCUAUUUUGGUUGCUUCGCACCGUCUGACCCCGCGGAUGAGCACUUGGAUACCUGCCUCAUUCACGGUAUGAUGCAAGAGGAUAGGGACUCCGAUGCAGACGAGCUCGCUGGCAUAGUUCUCGACACUCUGGUGGGCUAGGCCACCCUCCCAUCAGCAUUGUACCGAGAAACCAAGCUAACAGAAAUCACCGGCGCAGCCAAAUCUCCUCCCCUCCUUCCACCAACUCUGGACCGUGCUAUUCCAGCCUCCGUGGCCCAACUCUCAGGAUGAGGC